GAUUUUGUAAAUAUUUACCUCCUGAGAGUUAUAAAUACAGUAUCCUGUUAGUUACGCAGCUAAUAAAAGUAAUGAUUUGUUCUUUACUGCUUCUUCUGAUAGUGAACAUAUCAAGUUCACUAGGGAACCUUGUCCAGUUCUCAAAUAGCACUGAGCACAUUUUAUGUCGUCACUGUGGUAAAGAAGUCUCAACAUCUGACAGUAUUAUAUUUAAACCGUCAGAUGAGUUUCUAUAUGCAUUUAAUGACACGCUGUACAACAGAAACGAUGUUUUUGUGCAGAUUUUGCUAAAAGACAUUCUAUUUAAAUUUCCAAUUGUAACAUCAAGUAAUUCAACUUGUAUUUCAGAAGGAGAGUGGGAAGACAAUUUAUGGUUUCCUGAAUAUUUGUGGAAGCCCUGUUUCUGUGAGUGUGGAACCCUAGUAGGUUUUGUUUUUGAAAGUAUAGGAAAGUUAAAUGGGGAUCCUGAGGUAUUUUAUGGCCUCAUUCUUACACAACUUAUUGGUGAACAGUUUACAGAUUCCAUAUUGACAUUCCCCUCGAGUAAUUUAUAAAUAUGGAUUCUGAAGGGCUAUCCGCAGAUGAGAAGGAGUUUUUAGAAAAAUGUGAGGCAGAGUUCAAAGAUCGAUUUACAGAGCGUGAUGAGGAGUACAUGAAGGUUGUUAAUAGAGAUCCUCCUACACCACCAAUCUUAGAAAAUUGGUUGU